AUGUGUACGGCACCCAGGCGGAGGAGAGAGAGGGGCACCGAGUGGUCGCUCAUGAAAGAGUUUUCAGCAACCACUCAGCGCCCCUCUGUCUCCUCCGCCCUGUGCCACCACCCGCCUCAGCAUUCCCACAGGACUUCAGCAAGGCUGCAGGACACUAGUAUUCCAGGGACAUCUAUGACCGGUGACUUGGUUAUUGGAGGAAUUUUUCCUGUCCAGCGUUCUAGCAGCACAGCAACUACAAAGUUCACUUCAAAUCCAGUUUUCCAAAAAUGUGAUAAUAGCUUUGAUUUUAGGAGCUACCGCUGGAUCAGAGCAAUGGUGUAUGCAAUCCAGGAGAUAAACCGUAAUGAGUAUCUUCUCCCAAACAUCACUGUAGGCUAUGCCAUCUAUGAUUCGUGUGAUAAUAUAGCUAUGACAAUUGGAGAGAUAUUCACUAUGCUUACGGGGCUGGGCAAAUCUACCCCAAACUACCAUUGUCAGAUGAAGUCUCCAUUAAUUGCUGUUAUUGGUGAAUCUGCAUCAGCAAUAUCAAUUGCAAUGGCAAGGAUCCUUGGAACUUACCAUUAUCCACAGGUGAGCUAUUUCUCAUCUAUCAAUACUCUGAGCAAUAAGCAGGAUUUUCCUUCCUUCUUUCGAACCAUACCUAGUGAUACUUUUCAAACCACAGCUUUCGCUGCCAUCGUAGAACGUUUUGGUUGGAAGUGGGUAGGUACGUUGGCCGAAGACAAUGAUUAUGGGUACCUUGGAGUUCAACUAUUCUCCGAACAGGUCCAAAAAUUUGGAACUUGUAUUGCAUUCUCAGAGACGAUCCCAUUAAUUUAUUCAAAGCAAAGGUAUUCGGCCAUCGCUGAGACCAUUCAACAGUCUUCAGCAAAAGUUAUCAUAAUCUUUUCUGGAGACACUAACUUGCUGCCAUUGUUUUGGGAAAUAGCCGAGCAAAAUAUUACAGGCCGAACGUGGCUAGCUAGUGAAGGUUGGAGCACAUCUGCUUUUCUACUAAAUAAAGAUCAAACCAGUUUUUUCAAAGGUACGCUGGGACUUGCAAUACCCGAGGGGAACAUUGCCGGCCUGCACCAGUUUCUGCUUCAGCUUAAUCCAAUGCAAGACCCAGAAGAUAACAGCCUAAAAAUGUUUUGGGGACAUGCAUUUGGUUGUUCUUGGGAUGACCAUGUAAAAAAACAAAGCAACUCAACAGCCUGCACUGGCAACGAGCAUCUGUCAACCGUAAGCAAUGCGUAUACACAAGUGUCACAACUGAGAAUUACUUGUAACGUGUACAAUGCUGUAUUUGCCAUCGCUAAUGCGCUCAAGGGCUUGUUGACCUGUGGGAAUAAUAAAGGAUCCAUUAAAAAUGAGGCAUGUGCAAGUGUACGUGAUGUGGAGCCUUGGCAGGUGGUGCAAUCAUUAAAGAGAGUACGCUUUACGGAUCAAGACGGAAAGCAGUUGUACUUUGACCAAAAUGGAGAUCCGGUUUGCAAAUAUGAUGUGGUAAACUGGCAGAUAGGAACCGACGGUUAUCUUGGAUAUAAAAAAGUAGGUGGUUACGAUGCCAGUGCAACAAUCGCUCGAAAGCUGGUGAUUGAUGAGUCAGCUACAAUAUGGAAUGGAGACAUGUCCCAGCCACCACUGUCUGAAUGCAGCAGUAGUUGUAAGCCUGGAUUCAGGAAAAGCGUUAUAAGGGGUCAACCCGUAUGCUGCUUCAUUUGUGUUCCAUGUCCAGAAGGGGAGAUAUCAAACGGGACAGAUUUUACUGAAUGUUUGAAGUGUCCCCAAGAUUACUGGUCCAACAAGAACAAAGACUCCUGUGUGCCCAAAAGUGUAGAUUACCUCUCUUUUGAAGAACCUCUUGGAACCACAUUCUCCGUAUUUGCUGCUUUAGGUAUCUGUCAGACCGUUGUAGUCACCAUGGUGUUUAUAAAAUACAGGCACACCCCUAUAGUGAGGGCUCACAAUUUGGAGAUGAGCUUCCUUCUGCUCAUAUCCCUUAUUCUCUGUUUCCUUGGUUCAUUCACAUUCAUUGGUGAACCAUCACCUGCUCUUUGUGUCCUUCGACAGACUGUGGUUGGUAUAAGUUUUGUCUUAUGUAUUUCAUGUAUCCUUGUUAAAACCCUAGUUGUCCUUCUUGCAUUCACAAUGUCUAAACCCAACCAAAAUGUCCUGAAGUUUUUUCGGCCAUGUCAUCAAAGGGUGUUAGUUGUAUUAACUACUUUAGUUCAGUUUGGUAUCUGUGUUGGGUUUCUAUCUUCUACUCCACCAUCUAUAAAAAAGAACACGAGAGUCGAAACAACUAAGAUAAUUCUUGAGUGCAACCCUGAAUCAGAUCUGGCAUUUCUCUUUGCCAUUGGAUACAUUGGUCUUCUGGCAUUAGUUUGUUUUACUUUGGCCUUUCUUGCUAGGAAUUUACCAGACAAUUUUAAUGAAGCUAAAUUCAUAACGUUCAGUUUGCUGGUAUUUGUAAUGGUUUGGAUCAGUUUUAUUCCAGGUUACAUGAGUACAAGCGGUAAAUAUAUAACUGCAGUAGAAAUCUUUGCUAUUCUGUCAUCGGCUGCUGGCUUGUUAAUUUGCAUAUUCUUUCCUAAAUGCUACAUUAUAUUGUUGAAACCAACUAAAAAUACAAAGAAGAACCUUACCGGACGUUCCCAUCAGGCAAAAUGA